UUUUUGCAUUUAUAAAAAGAGUAUCCAAAUAAGACGGUCGUGUGUGAGCGAACGAAGUGAAGAAAAAAAACGCAACAAACAUAAUUGUUGUGAAUAAAUUAACAUAUUAUUUUCUACACACACUGAAAAAAAACGUAAAAGUAGCAAAACUUUUAAUUAAAGCUGCUACAAUAGUAAAAAAAUUAAAACAAAUAUUAGGUUUUAUACAAAUAAAAGUGUGGUUAAUUAAACUUUUUUUAUACUGGUAAAAAAUCGAAGAGAAAACGCGCAAAUCUCGGCAAGAAAACGAAAAGUGCAAAAAAAAGUAAUUUGUGUGUGAAAAAUAUUAAAGAAAAAACGAAAAAAAGUGACAAAAAAAGUUAAGAAGCAUUUAAUAAAAAAUAAAAAAGGAGAAAAAUAUAAACCAUAAGGAAAGUUUAAAAAAAUUGCAAAGAAAAAGUGUUAAAAAACAUAAGAGAAGAAAACAUAUUGCAAUUUUUCUAAAGGUUUUCAAGCACCACAAAAGUUCUUAAAGGAUUAAGCAGAUUUAUUUUGUCUUCUGUAAUUCCAAUACAAUAAGUUAAUUUAACUUGUUGUUAUCAGCAUUAUUCCCUUUUUCAUAUUUGUGCUCUCCCCACCCUGACGUCAUUUAUAUAUACUGUAAUAUAAAUAUUAUUUAUUAGAAGUCUAAUAAUAUAGUUUACAACUUGCAUUACAUCACAUUACCAAAAUGAGUAAAAACCAGCAGUUGGACCCGCGUUACACAAAGUGAUAAUGGUUGGUAGUGGUGGUGUCGGUAAAUCGGCCCUAACACUUCAAUUCAUGUACGAUGAAUUCAUUGAGGAUUAUGAACCAACCAAAGCAGAUAGUUAUAGAAAAAAGGUUGUUUUAGAUGGCGAAGAAGUACAAAUAGAUAUAUUGGACACAGCUGGUCAAGAAGAUUACGCUGCCAUUCGUGAUAAUUAUUUUCGCAGUGGUGAAGGUUUCCUUUGUGUUUUCUCCAUAACAGACGAUGAAAGCUUCCAAGCAACACAAGAAUUCAGGGAACAAAUAUUGCGCGUGAAAAAUGACGAAAGCAUACCAUUCCUGUUGGUUGGUAACAAAUGCGAUUUAAAUGACAGGCGCAGAGUUCCACUGAAUGAAUGUCAGACAAGAGCUCAACAAUGGCAGGUGCCAUAUGUGGAAACAUCGGCCAAAACACGUGAAAAUGUCGAUAAGGUAUUUUUUGAUUUGAUGCGCGAAAUAAGAUCACGCAAAACUGAAGAUUCAAAAGCGACCAGUGGGCGAGCUAAAGAUAGAUGCAAGAAACGGAGAUUAAAGUGUACAUUUCUUUAGGCAAUAGAUAUUUUACGAUUUAAUCAGGGAUAUUUCAACACGUAAAAAACAACGUCAAACUGAGGUACGAGAGCCGACAAAAACCAAAACUCAUUGCUGCCAAUUGCUGUAAUAAAACAUCAUUAUA